AUGGACGCAACAGAUGGAGCCUAUGGGACAAGCCAACUGCCCCUGGCUGGGGCCAUCCUCUGCUGCACCUCGAUUCCCCCCGAGCAGCGCUCGCAACUCGCAGCCAUUGGCGCGCAGAUGGGCGCCACCAUCAAGCUUGACCUCACUUCAGACGUUACCCACCUGAUCGUUGGCAGCAUCGACAGCGCAAAAUAUCGCUAUGUCGCAAAGUCCCGCGACGACGUCAAGGUUCUCUCCCCCGCAUGGCUCGAGGCUCUCCGCGAGGUCUGGAUGAGUGGAGACGACGAUCUGGAUCUGGCAGCAUUGGAAAAGGAAUAUCGCAUGCCUACUUUUUUUGGCCUCAAGAUAUGCCUCACUGGCUUUGACAACCCUGAACAACGACGGAGUAUCCAGGAGUCAAUCGACACAAACGGCGCCGAAUACCAUGGCGACCUUACCAAAUCCGUGACCCAUCUCAUCGCCGCCACGCCAUCGGGCAAGAAAUACGAGCAUGCUGUGAAUUGGAGAAUGAAGAUUGUAUCUCUCGAAUGGCUGGAGCAGAGUCUAGAGAGAGGCAUGGCGCUCGAAGAGUCCCUCUACAACCCAACCAUGCCCGUCGAAGAGCGGGGCCAGGGCGCCUGGGACCGCAGACAGCCCAUGUCGCCCGCCAUGGGCAAACGCACACGAGACGCCGAACCGAGCCAAGCACUCAAUCCGUUCCGAAGAAAGCUGCGACGUUCAGCGAGCACAAAGUUGGGCAGCCAGAGCGAUGCUCUAUGGGCGGGCAUUACUGCGCCAAGCUUCGAGAGACCGAUCGACGAGGACGAGUGGACUGAAGACAUUAUUGCUAAGCAGCAAAGCACACGAGCAAGUACACGCACACAUACACCCGUGUCGCCUGGCAGAGAUGCGUCUACCCUCGCACAUGAUGCGCUUGCCGAGUCGAAGCUUCGAGACCCUGCAGAUGCCCAGCAAUCACCCCUGCCUUUGCAGCCUGACAAUGAUUCCGGAUAUAAUGGCAUUUUCCAAGGGCGCCUCAUUUGCCCACAUGGAUUUGAUGCAGAAAAGACAAGCAUUUUGCGGCAACAUCUUGAGAGUAAUGGUGCGCGAGUCAUCCGCGUCAUUGACCUCAACAAUUUCCCAUUGGAUCAACUCAAACAAAGCUAUGUCGUGAUACCGCAUGACGCUGAGAUUGAUCUGACGGCACUUCCGGCCCAUGCCGGGUCAUAUGUAAGCUGGGUCACCAAUUGGUGGGUCGAGCGUUGUCUGCAUGGCAAGCGCCUCAUUGACCCUUCAGACGACAUCCUAAGCCGUCCUUUUGAAAGACUAAGCAUUAGUGGGUUCUCCGGCUUGAUCAUCAACUCCACGGGGUUUUCCGGCAUCGAAUUGCUGCAUGUGACUAAAGUCGUCACACUUAUGGGCGCCACGUAUGAUGAACAACUGUCAGUGAAGACAUCAGUAGUGAUCUGCAAUCCUCCCACUGUGAACACACCAAAAAUCAAAUUUGCGACGAGCAAGCGCAUACCAGCUGUUCACGUCACUUGGCUGUGGGCAUGCCUGCGCAGCGGACGACUGCAGUCAUAUGACGAGUAUCAAUUAAAUAAAACGGCUCAGCCACCACCGCAGGAUCCAAAGCAAAAACCCCAGCCACAAGCAAACGUAGAUACUGAGCCACUUCCCGAGGGCCCAUCCAAGCCUCAUCAGAAAGCGCAGACUGCGAACGCCGCGUCGAGACAGCCACGGCAACAAAUACCUCAACGGCCUGGCGGACUUAAUCUUGCACCAUCCGUCGAUGCGGCCUUGCCAGUAACAGCUAACAAGUCAGCCUCUCGCAGUAAAGAUAGCAAUAACCUAAAUCAAGACGAUGAUCCGAUCAUCAGCGGAUAUGAUGGCGGAGCAGAGCAUCCCCAUCAGGCAACCAGUGCUGCCUCUCCACACCGACCAUCAACCCCAUCAAACGAUUCAUAUAAUUUCUCACGGCCAAGAAGCUCAUCUGCGGAAUCGCUCAUUGCCCCCGCGUCCCGCAAAACCAAAAACAAUCAAACCACAGUCACCAGACCCUUAGACUCGGAACCUGGACCGGAUGCUGUCAUUCCGCUAGAUACCGAGCCGCUAGUCCCGCAAGAAGCGCCCAAGCCUCGAGAAACAGCAGAAGAGAAAGACUACUCGUCUAUUCUAGCGCAACUACGUGCCAAUCGUAAGACUGCACCUGGUCCUAGUGAUCAGGCUACGUCAAAAACACGCAUACGGCGUCAGCUCGGCCGGGCAACAUCGACACGUUCCAAUGCAUCGGGUGGGGAAAGCUCAGGUGAUAUACUUGCAGAUGAUGAUAACGAGAACACUGUAGUGAUAGAGGAAUAUCAGGCCAGUCAGACAUUGGGUUGGGACUCGCCAGGUGCGGCUAAAGCAAGAGAGCAAAUGAUUCGGAAACUCGGCGGUACCGUGCAGGAGAAAAGCAUUGCUGUUGAGGAAAUCGGUGUCGUAAGAGAUGUUGGCGGUGAAGAGCUGCUAGGAAGAGCAGGGAGAAAGAGGAGAGGAUGA